UUCAGUCCGCUGCCCGCUCCCCGACAGAGAUAACGGAUUUCACUUUUUUUUAAAUGAUGGACCGGGCUGUUUUUUCCACUUAUUUUGCAGUCAGGGACGGACAUACGGCGUAUGAACCAGUCUCCAUUUCUUCCUUUUCUACUGGACAUGCAUUUCAGUUUGGAUUUUAUCUCUGAAACUCAUUUGGGAGUUUAAACCGACCAACUGGCGUUUACUUGUGUGGGAAUUUAACGUUAGUUCAUCUCGAGCUCUCAAAACAUUUUAAAUAACUUUCAAACCUGUUAUUUGAAUGGAUAUGAAGACACCGUUGGAGUAUUUAAACAGCUUUUUGUGAUUUUUGAAGUUUUUUUUCUGGAAGUGGAGGUGGACUACUGUCGUCCCGAAAAGUUUUCAUCAUUCAACUAAAAGCUAGCUAGCGGCAAAGAAUGCUAUUUUCUGCUAAUCUCAGCCGUUUUAAUAGUUUGGUUGUGUUUAUGUGAAAUUAAAAACAAUUAUGAUUUCUGAGGAGAGAAGCAGCCACGUAAAUAAACAAGCCCUGAACUUCCCCGUGGGUUUACUGAUCCGCUCUCCGAAGAGGCGACUGGCCAAACUGGGGAGGAAACCCAGCAAUGGAUCUGUCCAGUCCAACAACUCGGACACCACCGUGCGGUCCUCAGAGAGCGUGGGUGUUCGGCAGCCAGCCAAGAGCAAAAUCCGCCGCCACAACAACAGGCUUUCCACUGUUUUCAACCACAGCCCCAACUUGCGGGACAGUGGACGCCGGGGCCAGGCACAGGGCAGUAGGAGCCUGGCCGGCGAUCUCCAGGCUGCAGACGACCCGGCCGAGCUGUCCAGCCAAAUGUCUGUCCCUGGCAUCCUGAAGAUCUUCGGCAGCGAUAUCUGUCAGGGGACCAACUACAAGAGCGUGCUGGCCACCACUCAGUCCAAUGCAAAGGAACUGGUGAAAGAAGCCUUGGAGAGGUACUGUCUGGAAAAAGAGGACCCCAAUGACUAUGUGCUCUGCGACGUGAUUGGACAGAUGGGUGGAGAUAACCAGUGGAAGAGGGAGUGUUUUCGGGUGGUGGGAGACAACGAGAAGCCCCUGAUGCUACAGUCACUUUGGAAACCCAAGGAAGGCUUCUCCAGGCGUUUUGAAAUCCAGCUGAGAGCGAGCGUUGAAGAGCAAAGUUUAAAGGACAGAGACACAGUCACAGCAGGCUAUCAGCCUUCAUUGUCCAGCUUAUCACCAGCUAGAGGAGGAUGGCAGGCAUGUGAGAGAGGUCAGGAGGAAACAAAAGCUGCACUGAGGGAUAGAGGAGGCAUCAAUGCUCAGGCUCGUAAGCUGCAGAAGAGCCGCUCCAGAGUGACCUCUCUGUUUGUGGACGGCAGCGGGGAGGAUGUGGACGGACUCGGGAUCUGGAGGAGUUUGAGCGAGAUGGAUCUGUCCGCCAUGGGGAAGGAGGCCAGCCGGGCCCAACAGAGCGCGCUCAGAGAGGAUCCAGAGGCCGAGGCUGACAAGGAGGUGCUUCGACUCGGCAUGGAGAAGGAGGAGACGGAGAGCAGUGACGACAACACCACCCAGUACUCCAUUCACCCACCCUUCGACUUCCCUUACUUCCUCCUGCUGCAGGGCUACAGCCACAGACAGGACUUUGUCAUCUACCUGAUGAGUGGGACGACCACCAUCUUUGGCUGCUGUAGGGAACACUGUAAUGGUGAGGAUGAGGAGAGGUUAAAGGUCGACAUCCUUCUCUUUGCUCCUGACGUGUUGCCUCAACACUGCUGUGUCAGACGCUUGGACUCUCACAACCAAAGCUCCACAGGAGAGCACAGAAAGACACUGACAAUGCUGAAGCCCCUCCAUGGGGCUCCUGUGACGAGAAAUGGUUUUCUGCUUAAAGAGGAGGUGGAGCUGAACCCUGGGGACUUGGUGGGUUUGGGGAAACACUACCUGUUUAUGUUUAAGGAUCCUACCAGCACAUCAGGGUCCCCACAGACGCCUCAUUGGAUGACCAGACUCUGCCCAAACUCUGAUACAAAAGUGUCAUCCUCUUGUUUAUCAUGUGGCUCCUCUAUUGCCAUGAAAAGGUUCCAGAGGAAGCCUUUACCUCCUCGUUGGAGGGACCUGGAAGGCACAGAGGCUUUGGUAAGCUAUGAGCUGGAGCAGGAGGAAAGAGUCCUGCAGGAGAUUUUGGACAUGUUAGACCCCAGUGGGAACGAACCAAAGCUGACACCUGCUUUCCUGCUGAGCCUCUGCAUCCAGCACUCAGCCUCCACGUUCGAGCUGACACACUUCAGACAGCUGCUGCUCCGGAUAGCCAGCCAGAUCCAGCUCAUCAUGUGGGAGAAGACAAAGGAACUUGCAGCGAUCCAGCCAGAAACGAGCUCUGGUGAGGGGCAGCCUGAUCACCUUCAGCUGCUCAGUAUGGAGGAGCUGAUCCCAGGUCUGCAGCCGCUGGUGCUGUGGAUGGCCAACUCCAUUGAACUGCUGCACUUCAUCCAGCACGAAGUCCCUCAGCUGCUGCCCUGGAGGCAGGACCAGGAGGACGAAGGCCUGUUGGACUCUGAGAUGUCAUUCACUCGGACAGCUUGUGAGGAAGCCAUGACAGUCCUGGAGGAAGUCAUCAUGUUCACCUUUCAGCAGUCUGUCUACUACCUAACAAAGAGUAUGUAUUCAGCUCUGCCUGGUCUGCUGGAUGGGAACCCAUUCUCAGAGAGCGGUCAGCUGCGAGUGCCUGACGGACUCAGCGGCAUCCUGGAGGUGCUGAAGGAGGCGCUGAAGCUUCUCAAGGCUUUCCAGGUGCAUCCGGACAUCUCAUUACAGCUCUGCGCCUACCUGUUCUUCUUCAUCAACGCAUCGCUGUUCAACGCCCUGAUGGAGAGAGGAUCUGUUGCUGGGUUCUACCAGUGGUCCCGAGGUGUUCAGAUCCGGGCCAACCUGGACCUGCUGAUGGACUGGGUCCAGAGCAUCGGACUGGGCGAUCUGGCCACUGAGUUCUUCCAGAAGCUUUCAGCUGCUGUCAAUCUGCUGGCCACACCCAAAGAAACCCUCCUCCAGGCGUCCUGGACUUCUCUCAGGACUGAGUUUGCUGCCCUGAACCCAGCCCAGCUUCACCACAUGCUGAGGGAAUAUAACUCUGGUAAAGCCUGUCCCACCGGAUGGACCCCAUCACCGGAUGAUGGUCAGGACGCUGUUAGGACAGGCGACAUCCUGGAGAGCUUCGACAGCCACCCGCCGCUCAUCCUGCCCAGCAGCACGUUUCACCUGGAGCUAGGUAAACCCAUCGUGGAGCCGGCGCUGUUUGAACAACUCAGUCAUCUGCAGGAGUUCAUUCGCCAGCUCCCCUGCAGCGAAACCCAAGCUGGACCGGAUGUGGAGGAACAGGCUCUCAAUGGGACAACUACAGACAGCCAGUCUACGACCUCACCUUCCAUCAGAGUCUUCCAGGAUCCUGCCCAUCAGGGGGUCUCUGAACUGGUCACCUGCCUCUCUCCUGAGGCAGACCUGGACUGUACUGCCCCUGCAGAGCCCGCUCAGGUCAGAGGAUCUCACGGCGACCUGAGCAGCUGUGAAGCAGUCCUGACCCAGAAGCUAAAGAGCCUGGAGCUGCAGAACGCUCUCCCAGGACAGGUCGACAUGGGCUACCACAAGAGCCUGGCACUGGACCCGUCCUGCCUGCUCACGCCACCCAACACCCCCCAGGGUAUGGAGCUGGCCGAGCUGGAGGCUGAUCUGCAGGAGGGCGCCCGUCAACAAAAGAAAGCCAGUGGAUGUGCUGAGAGGAAAACAGAAAAUGUGGAGGAAGAAGAAGAAGGAGGGAAAGAGGAGGUGUUCACGGUGGAGCUUCACAGAGGACCUCAUGGUCUGGGGCUGGCGCUCGUAGAUGGAACGAAAACCCCACUGAGAAUGAGCGGGAUUUACGUGAAGUCAGUGGUUCCCGACUCUCCUGCUGCUCAGUGUCAGAAACUGAGAACAGGCGAUCGCAUCCUGGCAGUUAACGGCAUCAGCUUGGUUGGAAUGGAGUAUAACGUUGGUAGAGAACUGAUUCGAACAUCAGGAGACUCGCUCAGGCUGCUCGUCGCCAAGAUCGACUCAAAAACAGGCAGCAAGGGCUCGACUAAAUGCUGAAGGAAAAAACACUGACGAUCAAGUGCAACCAGGAAUACUGGAUGACGUGAGCUUCAUCCUUCCUGCUGCAUCCAAAGUCAGUGUUUCUCACAGGAUGGAUUCCAUGACCAAAGGAAAACACUCUCCCUGCUUUUUAUCUCAUUCUCACUGUGAGAUAGAGCUGUGUGUGUGUGUGUGUGUGUGUGUGUGUGUGUGUGUGUGUGUGUGUGUGUGUGUGUGUAAAAAGCAUCGAGACAAUCAACCAAAGCAGCAGGACUGACUCGUUUCGCUCACACCAAACAGACUGUGGGCAUUUUGGUGGCAGAUGGAUGGUGAAGACAAGUUUUUUUAAAAGCUCAUUUUGCUGUCCCAGCUUCUUUCUGGCCUAUAAACAAACUGUCGGGCUGCGCUCCACUCUCAUAAACCAGUGAAGGUUUGGUGGUGAAGAAAAUAGCUGCUGCUGUCUGUGGCUCUAUUUCACUCUGAGAACAAAGUAUUCUGUCUGAAGAGCUGCUGCAGGAUCAUUCGUGUCUGGGACUGACUGGAUUUAUUUUGAAAUUCAUUUUUAAAUUAUGGCUUUAAGGGCUAUUUUGAAAACUGUGAAAACUCCAUCUUACCGAUUCAUUUAGUCUGUGAGCCCCAUUCAGACAGGAUUAACAUUACAGCGGGGGUGGGACGAAAUAUUCACUGUUUAAUUAACUGAUCGUUCAGUAUGGGUUUUGAACCAUCAGGAAAUUACAGGAGAUGGUCUGUAAUAGCAACAACAAAAGAGGAAGACAAAGCCUCGCCAGGGGGGUGCAAGAGAGUUUAAGGGGAGACGUGUGGCAGAUACCCCCCUGGAGAAAUAAAUCCAGUCCGAAUGGGGUUUUAUUGACUCAAAAAAUGUGAUUUUGUUUGCAGAAGUACAGAAGAAUUUGUCACUGGGCUUCAGGGUGACAUGGUUUCAUCUCUUUCCAAUAGAAAUAUACUGGAAUAAUAAUAGCAUUAAUAUACUUUUACAAGAAAAAAACUGAAUUAUUACACUGUAAUGGGAGAUUUUAUUCUUGUUUUCAGGAAGAAAAACUGAGGCUGGAUGUAAGUCAGUAUGAUUGUCUUUACUUUGUUGCAGUUGGAGAUUUUCAUUGUGGCCUUUAGAGCAUUGUUGUAAAAAUGCCAUCUCUCUAUUGGAUGAAUCACUGUAUGUGAAAAGUGUUACAACAGCAGGUUAAACCUUAAACUCUUUGUGAUUCUUCAUGCUUUUAAAGUGAAAGUGAAAUGAUUGCAUCCUUAAAUUUAAAGAGGCUAUAAUCGGUAUUUUUAUUGUAACAACUGUAAUGUGAAAGAGGUCACUCAUGGUGAAGAAACUAUAGAGAAUUAUCAGGUGAAUCUGCAGCUGCCCUCGGCUUCAUGAAGCUUUAGAGUGAGUUUCAGUUCAUUUUUUAACUGUCCGGCCCCACAACCCUUAGUGUUUUGGUUCACUCUUACCGCUCUCAUAGUGUUGUUUUCUGUAAGAAACAGAUGUAAAAAAAAAAAAACACUGUUUACCACCUGCUCAGCAAAAAGACAAUUAGAUAUCUCCCUCCAGAGCUGGUGGACGCCAAACACAGAGCUAAAAGAGAGAGAAUACUGGACAAACAUGACUCCACAUGAAUGAUGUUGCUCUGUACCUGCUGCAUGUGUAAAUAUUCAAAGGUUAAGGUUAAGAGGUGGUGAUAUGUCAGUGUUGUGUUCACUGAGAAACAGCUGGACAAUAACGCCAAAAAUAUUCUUCCAUAGAAAUGAAGGGUCACAAGUUUGUAUCUUAGUCUCUGGAAAGUUAAAGUUUCAGAGAUGAAAGAGAUUCUUCAUAGAGGGGGUUGCACCCUGGGAAAAUGGGACGGUCCGUCAUAAUGUUGAGAUCUUUCAGUAGAGACAUUUACACUCAUCUACACACACAUAUGUACAUUAGUUAUAUUGAUACUAUUCCUUUAUAUUUCCUUUUUAUCCCAAAUGUAAACAGUGUUAAAGUAAAGUUCAAGUAUAUUGAAACACAAAAAGUAUUCAAUUUUUUAAUAUUUAUAUUGUGCAGUAUUUUUGAACCUAAUGAAUAAAAACUAUUUUCACUUUGAAAA